AUGGGACACAAGUGUAUCUCUAAACCUUCACCGUUACAAACACUCAUCCUCUCCACCAUCCUCCUCUUCAUCUCCCCUACCUCUGCCAUGCCAGGGCCUGACUAUGGAGGCCACCCGCGGUUCAUCUGCAUUCCCGUCCCUGCCGAUACCGACCCUGCCUGCUUCCCCUCUGGGGGGCCAGUCAUGGGGCCUAGCGGGGCAGGGCACCACGCGCCUCCUGUAGGGCCCCCGAACAAUAAUGGCUGGUGGGGAAUGACAGAGGAGGCUAAAACCACUAUUUUACACCUGAGAGAGAGCCUGGUGCAGCAGAAAGAGACCAUCCUGGAUAUGAGAGAGACCAUCAGGGAGCUGACCACCAAACUCACCCUGUGUGAGGGCUCUGGGCCGGGCAUCGGGGCUCACAACGACCACCAUGGACCUCCAUCUCAUCACGGAGGGGCUGUCAGCCAUCUGCCUUACGCUGACAAUGGUCACCAUGGCAACCAGCAGGGCCACCAUGGAAACAACAACCAUGCCUUGGAUGCAGCCGGACACUACCCUGGGAAUGGGGGGCACCGGUUGGACAGUGGGCAUAACAACAGGGGGAAGGAUAAACACGCAACACCAGAGGAUAUGAUAUCAUCAAAAUCGCCGGAGGAACUGGGCAGGAUGCUGCAGGCCCUUAAAGAGAGAAUGGAUAACCUGCAGCAGUCACGGAACACCUCCACCACCUACUCCAGCUCUCUGAAGGAGCUCCUCCAGAGGAAGAUCAGUGCUCUGGAGCAGCAGAUGCACCACACCGCUGCUGCCCUCAGCAGCAGCCCCAAUCACCAUGACGACAGCGAUCACCGCCUGCACUCCAACAACAAACUGGACUCUCUACUGAAUAACCUGCACCAUACAGGUACCAACAGCAGGAAGAAGACCAAGACCCCUGAUGCCUUCCAGAUCGGCUUCCCCAUGAGAACCAACUACAUGUACGGGAAGGUGAAGACGACCCUCCUCCACGAGAUCUUUGCCCUCACCCUGUGUCUGUGGAUAAAGGGGGGCGCAGGCCCCGGGCUGGGGACCCCUUUCUCCUACUCUGUACCAGGACAGGCCAACGAACUGGUGCUGAUCGAGUGGGGCAACAACCCCAUGGAGCUGCUGGUGGAUGACAAGGCAGUGACUCUGCCCCUUUCGAUCAGUGAUGGGAAGUGGCACCAUGUGUGUGUGACGUGGUCGACGAGGGACGGUGAGUGGGAGGCGUACCAGGACGGGGUGAAGAGGGGCUCUGGGGAGAACCUGUCCGCAUGGCAUCCCAUCAAACCUGGAGGGGUCUUCAUCCUCGGACAGGAACAGGACACUCUGGGAGGUCGUUUCGACGCCACGCAGGCGUUUAUGGGGGACAUCUCUGACCUCCAGAUGUGGGCUAAUGUCCUCACAGCCCAUGACAUCUACAGCCUGGCCUCCUGCAACAGCCACCUCAGCGGGGAUGUCAUCACCUGGUCCGAGAACGUGGUGGAGCUCCACGGAGGGGUCACCAAGUACCCCUUUGACCCCUGUCACUAA